AUGCCUGGGAACAAUGAUACAGUAGUAACGGAAUUUAUUCUUCUUGGACUUUCCAGUGAGCCUACAAUCCAAGUUUUUAUUUUCAUUGUCUUCCUGCUUGUGUAUAUAGUCAUAUUAAUUGGGAACAUAUCCAUCAUUACUCUAAUCCUGUCUGAUGUCAGCCUUCACACACCUAUGUAUUUCUUCCUUGGCAACCUCUCGUUUCUGGAUCUCUGCUAUUCAUCUACCAGUGUACCGAGGAUGUUGAAAGAUUUGAUGUCAGUAAAGAAAACUAUCUCUUAUGCUGAGUGUGUGACACAAAUGUAUAUUUCUCUCUCCUUAGGAGAAACAGAGUGUAUUCUGCUUGCUGUUAUGGCUUAUGACCGUUAUAUAGCUAUAUGUUAUCCACUACAAUAUACUACAAUCAUGAGUAAGAUGGUUUGUGUGAGACUAGCUAUCAGUACAUGGCUAUGUGGGUUUCUUUCCUCUAUUUCAGUGGUGACUCUUACACUUAGUGUAAAUCGUUGUGACAAUAAUGAAAUUAAUAAUUUUUUAUGUGAAUUGCCAGAAGUAUUAUCACUGGGCUGUGAAAAUAUUAUGCUUAUUGAAUUAGUCAUUUUUGUUGUAGGUUCAAUUAUUCUUAUAGUCCCAGUGACAUUUAUUGUAAUAUCUUAUUUCCAAAUUAUUUUCAGUAUUUUAAAAAUUAAAUCUGCAGGCGGACAGCAGAAAGCGUUCUCCACCUGUGGGUCUCAUAUGAUGGUUGUGACAAUAUUUUAUGGCUCAUGUAUGGCUGCUUACCUGAAACCUAGGUCAAGCUCUACACCAGGAACAGACAAAUUCAUUGCUAUUUUUUACCUAAUUAUUACACCAGUUCUGAAUCCUAUGAUAUAUACACUUAGGAAUAAUGAUGUAAAAUCAGCCUUUCUAAAAUGCAGAAUUAAAAUUCUGGUACUAAAAAUAUAG